GGAGCGGGAAGGAAAAGAAGAAGGAGAGAGCCUUCCCCCAAGGGCAGGUUGCUGCUGCGUCAGGGGCACCCACUGAUAAGGGUGUCGUCAAGAGUGCUUGUCAGUCAUAGGCAGCCCACCCACGGCUGCGGACAGAGGACAUCAGAGAGCGUCAACAGCCACCAUGUUUUUAAUUAACGUGAGCAGACUGCCCUGAGGGCAGCCGACACACUCACAGACAGAGACGAGCGCAGAGAGAGGGGCAGAUCAAUCAAAUGAGAUGCUUUUGUGUUGGUCUGGUCUGUGUUGGUCUCUCUUGUGGCUGAUGAUGAUGAUGAUGUGUUGACCUGACCAGUGGUUCUGGGACGUGUUAUCGUAUCUUGGUCUGUCGCACAAGAGCGCCAAGAUAUUGUUUUUGGGUCUGGACAAUGCGGGCAAGACGACCCUCCUGCACAUGCUCAAGGACGACCGAAUAGCCACUCACGUCCCCACCCUCCACCCACGUACUGACUGCUCUUCCACACACACACGUGCACAACAGGCAGACAAGAAAGCGGCCCAGCCCAGAGGCGCCUCGGUGAUCGAUGCUGCUCUUUGCGUGUGUGUGUGUGUGUCGUGUGUGCAGACUCUGAGGAGCUGCUGAUCGGCAAGAUUCGGUUCAAGACUUUCGACCUCGGCGGACACGAGACAGGUGGGCAGGGCAGGCGGGCGGCACACACAUGGCGGGCGGCAUCUCCUCUUGUGUGAUGCACAUGUGUGGUGUGGCAUGGUGUGGUAUGUCAGCUCGUCGCAUCUGGAAGGAUUACUUUGCGACGGUGGAUGCGAUAGUGUUCCUGGUGGACGCCACGGACCGCACACGAUUCAACGAAGCAAGGGAGGAACUCAACGUACGCACCCCCUCGCACGCAGCCACACUCCACAGACACACGGAUGAUGCCCUGCCUGAUGGGUGGAUUGGAUGAGUGUGUGUCAUGACAUGGUUGUGUGGCAUCCAUCGGUUGGUCAGCAAUUGCUGGAGUCUCAGGAGCUGUCAACAGUGCCGUUUGUGGUGCUGGGCAACAAGAUCGACGUCCCCAGCGCCGCGAGCGAAGACGAGCUGCGACAGGCGCUCGGGCUCUACUCACACAUGACUUAUGGCAGAGACGUACGGGAGGGAGGGAGGGAAGAGGAGAAAGGAGAAAAGGGCGAAGGGAAAAGACAAACAUCACAUCGGCAUGAUGCGUCUUGUCUUUUGUGUUGUGUUGUGUUGUGUUGUGUGCGCUAACAGAGGAAGGGUGACUCGGGAGUUCGGCCGGUGGAGCUCUUCAUGUGCUCCGUCGUCAAGCGCAUGGGAUAUGCUGACGGUAUGUAUGCAGGCAGACUGCUCGCUGACCCGCUGACCAGUGCAGUUCGUGUGUGUUUGCUCCGCGCAUUUCGUGUGUGUGCAGCUUUCAGAUGGCUGUCGCAAUUUCUGAGCUGAAUGUAUGGAGCCCAUCCACCCACCGUCCCGCCAUCCCACCCACCCACUCACUGUCUCAGACUGACCGACUCACCGAGCAAUGAAGUCUCUGCCUGCCUGCCUGCCUGCCUGCCUGCAUGGAUGGAUGGAUGGAUGGACGCUGCGACCGGCUUGCCUGCGUGUUUGCUACACACCAUACCACACACCACACAAACUGGAGGGA